CCCCCCCCCCAACCCCAGCCGCCUCGCUUGCUCGCGGCCAGUUGGUAGGCAUCGUCCCUGGGGGCCGUCCCCACUCUGAAGCAGAGAAGAUGGCUGGAGGACGUCUGUUGCUGGGGGGCGACUUCCUGUCGCCGCCGCCGCUGCCCCCCCUCCCGCCGCCGCCGCUGCCGCCCCUCCCGCCGCCCCCGCCUGAGCCAGUGCUGGAGCAGUGGCGCUAUAGCCACGAAAGUGACUGGCAGUGGGCUCUGCGGCGGAGCUUCAUCUGCCGGCACCUGCACAGCUAUCCCGGGGCUGCCCUGGACCAGCUCCUCGCGCUCUCUGCCGCCUGGACAAACCACGUUUUCCUGGGCUGCAGGUAUAGCCCACACUUGAUGGAAAAAAUUCUGCACAUGGCUGAAGGCAUUGAUAUUGGGGAGAUGCCGUCAUAUGAUCUAAUGCUGCCCAAACCUUCCAAAGGCCAAAAACGCUACCUUUCAACCUACGAUGGUCAAAAUCCUCCUAAAAAGCAAGCUGGUUCCAAAUUCCAUGUGAGACCUCGUUUUGAGCCUGUACAUUUUGUAGCUAGUAGUUCAAAAGCUGAAAGACAGGAAGAUCCGUAUGGCCCUCAAACAAAAGAGGUAAAUGGACGAACACAUUUUGCCGGCAUGCCAAGAAACUUCUACCAAGAUUAUACUCAAGACUCUUUCAGUAUCCAGGAUGGGAAUUCUCAGUAUUGCAAUUCAUCAGGAUUUAUUUUCACGAAAGACCAGCCUGUAGCAACCAACAUGUAUUUUGACAGUGGGAACCCUGCCCCAAGCAGCACAUCCCAGCAGGCAAACUGUCAGCCAGCUCCCGAGCCUCCUCCUUCACAGAUGUACCCUGAGUCCUUAGUUGCCGAGAAACAGUAUUUUAUUGAAAAGUUAACAGCAACUAUCUGGAAGAACCUUUCUAAUCCAGAGAUGACUUCUGGAUCUGAUAAGAUUAAUUAUACCUAUAUGCUAACUCGUUGUAUUCAGGCAUGUAAGACAAAUCCUGAGUAUAUAUAUGCCCCUUUAAAAGAAAUUCCUCCUGCUGACAUCCCCAAAAAUAAAAAACUUCUCACAGAUGGUUAUGCUUGUGAAGUUAGAUGCCAAAAUAUCUACCUAACUACAGGUUAUGCAGGUAGCAAGAACGGGUCCAGAGAUCGAGCUACUGAGCUAGCUGUAAAACUCUUGCAGAAGAGGAUUGAGGUUAGAGUUGUCCGACGGAAAUUCAAGCACGUAAUUGGAGAGGACCUUGUGGUGUGUCAGAUUGGUAUGCUUUCAUAUGAAUUUCCCCCAGCUCUGAAACCACCAGAAGACCUGGUAGUACUGGGAAAGGAUGCUUCUGGGCAGCCUAUUUUUAAUAGUUCUGCCAAACACUGGACCAAUUUUGUCAUUACAGAAAAUGCAAAUGAUGCAAUUGGCAUCCUUAACAAUUCCGCCUCAUUCAACAAAAUGUCAAUUGAGUACAAAUACGAGAUGAUGCCAAACCGCACAUGGCGGUGUCGAGUAUUCCUGCAAGAUCACUGCUUAGCUGAAGGUUAUGGAACCAAGAAAACAAGCAAACAUGCAGCUGCUGAUGAGGCUUUGAAAGUUCUUCAAAAAACACAACCCACGUAUCCAUCUGUCAAAAGUUCCCAGUGUCACUCAGGCUCUUCACCCAAAGGAUCUGGAAAGAAGAAAGAUAUCAAAGAUCUUGUAGUUUAUGAGAAUUCUUCCAAUCCUGUGUGCACAUUGAAUGAUACGGCUCAGUUUAACCGAAUGACGGUUGAAUAUGUCUAUGAAAGGAUGACAGGUCUCCGCUGGAAAUGUAAGGUGAUUCUAGAGAGCGAAGUCAUUGCCGAAGCAGUUGGUGUGAAGAAAAGUGUCAAAUACGAAGCUGCUGGAGAAGCUGUAAAGACCCUCAAAAAGACCCAGCCGACUGUCAUUAACAACUUGAAGAAAGGGACUGUUGAAGAUGUGAUUUCAAGAAAUGAAAUCCAGGGCCGCUCAGCAGAAGAAGCUUACAAACAGCAAAUCAAAGAAGACAACAUAGGGAAUCAACUGCUGAGAAAGAUGGGCUGGACGGGUGGUGGUUUAGGGAAAUCUGGUGAGGGCAUACGGGAGCCUAUCUCAGUUAAAGAGCAGCAUAAGCGAGAAGGCCUUGGUCUAGAUGUAGAGAGGGUCAAUAAAAUUGCUAAGAGGGAUAUAGAACAAAUUAUCAGAAACUAUGCCCGCUCUGAAAGCCACUCAGAUUUGACCUUCUCCACAGAGCUGACCAAUGAUGAACGGAAGCAAAUACAUCAGAUUGCUCAGAAGUAUGGCCUGAAGAGUAAGUCUCAUGGGGUGGGCCAUGAUAGGUACCUGGUGGUAGGUCGAAAACGGCGGAAGGAAGACCUACUAGAUCAACUCAAACAGGAGGGCCAAGUGGGACAUUAUGAGCUUGUUAUGCCCCAAGCAAACUAAGAUUUUACUAAGUUGUCUUAUAAAUGCCUCAUGAGGUAGAUACACAAAUAACAAAAGAAGCUAUAUGUUCUGGUUGAAGAGUAUUCAUUCCUAAGAUGUUUCACCUUGUUCAUUUCAUAUAGUGCUUUAUUAGGUAUUGGAACCUAGAGAAUUCUGUCCACUUGUAUUCUUAGCUUAAUCCAGCAGAUGAUAUUGUGCAGUUACUGUUUGUGUCUUUGAUAUGGCUCUGUUCCCUCAGAUUUUAGUAGUUUGUACAAGUAAAAACACCCAUAUAAGUGCAAUUUCACCCUGAGGCAAAUACUUCCCAUUAUAAAGGGCAUAGCACAGCAAUCUGCAACAAUAUGUAAAGUCAAUGCUGACUCUUAACUACGCUAAUUCCAGAUUUACUCAACAUGUCAGGUCAUUUUGUAGCAUCAGUUUUCAUCUUUGUGAGAAGUCAGUUGUAGAGCAUUUAACAAUAAAUUGUGCUGUACGUGUAAAUGUCUUUAUCAACUAAAUGAUGUAAAACUUUCUUUAAAGUAAUUUUAGUGUGUGUUUAUUUAUAACUUCUACCCUGUGAUUUCCAGGAUAUUGGAAGUGAUUUACUGUAUCUUGUGACAUAUGACUUUUAAAUAAAUUCUAGUCUUCAUGCUGAGAGAGCACUACUGAGAGAGAUGUCGAAAAGUUUCCAAAAAGCCUUGAUUCAAUCAGAAGAAAGGAAGCUUGAACUGUUUGUUCUUGGUGCCUUGCAGAGAGACUCAGAGCAACUCUCCAUUGUAGCUUUCACAUGGUUUGUGCACCACACCCAAGGCAACCAUAGCUGUGGUAGAGCUUGGUAAAAGACUGAAGAUACACUGGUGCUUUGAUGAAAAAGGUCAGUUGGCUGGUUCCCCUCUCAAAAAGCUUAUUACUCCCAAAGCCAACUUUGUAACAUACUUAAAACUGCUAUUUUCGCUUAUUUCUGCAAUGUAAAAAUGUAUAAAAAUAAGAGUUAGUGUAUGCUUCCUGAAUAAAAAGGAGCCAAAGUUGAUCAAAA